AAAGACGAUGGAGGACCCCAGUUUGCUGAAGUCUUUGUAAUCAUCUGGUUUGGAGCUGUGGUCAUCACACUGAAUUCCAAGCUUCUGGGGGGAACCAUCUCCUUCUUCCAGAGUCUGUGCGUGUUGGGGUAUUGUAUCCUGCCCCUAACGGUGGCCAUGCUGGUCUGCAGAUUGCUGCUUUUGGCAAGUAUGAGCCUAGUGACGUUCAUCCUGCGUCUGGUCGUGGUCACGAUUAUGUUUGCUUGGUCUACAUUUGCCUCAACUGCCUUUUUAGCAGAAAGUCAGCCACCAAACCGCAGAGCCCUGGCCGUUUAUCCAAUAUUCCUCUUCUACUUUGUCAUCAGCUGGAUGAUUCUGACCUUCAAUCCUUCUCCAUAG